AUGGAGAUUGACUUUGAAGACAAUGUUGAUGCCAAAGAUCAAGUUGAAGCCGAAGACUUAUUUCUUUUUGACAUUAAUUCUGUGUUUGAUUCUAAAAGCAAAGAUGAGAGUGUCAUUGAAGCAACCAUUUUGGAUAUUUCUUACAAUGAAUCUGAUGAUGUUAGAGAUCACUUUUCUUCAUCUAAUAUGCCAGUUGAUCCUACUCAUGCUUUCAUUGCUUCUUUUGCUGCCUUCUUCAUAUCCAAAUAUGUUGUCAAGUCUGGUAGUGCUGUUCUGUUGAAAUUUCAUAACGAAGUAUUGGCAUACUUUGAACAGUCUUUCCGUCUUUCCCUAAGUAUAAAUGGUGUCAACUCUAUGACUGGUCUCAGCGACAUGACUCGAGGUGUCCAGCAGUUUGUUGCAUGUGGCAAUUGUAACAAAGUAUACAAAGAGUCCAAUGUUGUUCCAGAGUGCUGUAAUUUUGAGAGACUCUCUGGUAGAAAAUGUGGAAACACUCUGUUUUUUGCAACAUCAAGAGCCUUGAUUAUUUCCAAAAAGAUUUACAUGUAUAACUCCAUAAUCAAAACAUUGUCUAUUCUUUUUUGCCGUCUUGCAUUCAAAGACACCAUCAACCAUUGGAGAACCAGAGUGCAAGUUCCAGACAUAAUGUUUGACAUUUAUAACAGUGCGAAGUGGAACAGUCUGCCAGGAACCGAUCUGGACAGGAACAAGGGCAGGGAAAACAGACAGAGAAAUAUAGAUAGAUUCCUUUAUGUUGUAAAUGAGUAUUGA